AUGUCAUCGUCAUCUGCACAACCACAUGAGACGCAGGUGAAACCAACAAGACACUUGGAAAGGGAUGAUAUCACCACCACGUCCACCUCAAUUGACUCUAAAUACGAGUCAGAAGAUGCUGAACUUCUCAAAAGAACUCAAUACGACGAAACCUCCGAAACAAUUGAAUCAUGGAAAAAAUUAGAAUCCAUCUUAGCACCACUCUUGUUUACAUUAUUGGCAUUUUUUGUUCGAUUUUAUCGUAUUUCCAUUAAUGACAAUGUUGUUUGGGACGAAGCUCAUUUUGGUAAAUUUGGCUCUUACUAUUUGCGACACGAAUUUUAUCAUGAUGUUCAUCCACCAUUGGGUAAAAUGUUGGUUGGAUUAUCGGGGUAUUUAGCUGGGUAUAACGGAUCAUGGGAUUUCCCUAGUGGUGAAAAAUAUCCUGAAUAUAUCGAUUAUACCAAGAUGAGAUUGUUUAAUGCGACAUUUUCAGCUUUGUGUGUUCCAUUUGCUUAUUACACAAUGAAGGAGAUUGGAUUCUCUAUUUGGACCACUUGGUUGUUCACAUUGAUGGUGACUUUAGAAAGCUCGUAUGUUACUUUGGGUAAGUUUAUUUUGUUGGAUUCAAUGUUGUUGUUUUUCACAGUGACUACGAUUUUCUGUUUUGCUAGAUUCAACAAUUUCAACACUAAGCAACGUGAGUUUAGUAGGAAAUGGUGGAAAUGGCUUAUGUUGACUGGUGUUUCUAUUGGAUGCGUGUGUUCGGUUAAAAUGGUGGGGUUGUUUGUCACUACCUUAAUUGGUAUUUAUACCAUAGUUGAUCUUUGGAACAAGUUGAAUGAUCGGUCAAUUACAUGGGUUAGAUAUGGGUAUCAUUGGGCUUCGAGAAUUUUUGGAUUGAUUAUUAUCCCAAUUUCCAUUUUCUUGCUUUGUUUUAAAGUCCAUUUUGAUUUAUUGUACAAGUCAGGUCCUGGUGAUGCCAAUAUGUCCUCCUUGUUUCAAGCCAAUUUACUUGGAUCACAAGUUGGUGGUGGACCACGAGAAGUGUCCAUUGUUCAUUCAAUUGUCACGUUGAAAAACCAAGGGUUAACUGGUGGUCUCUUGCAUUCUCAUGUACAAACAUUCCCUGAAGGAUCCAAACAGCAACAAGUUACCACUUAUGGACACAAGGAUUCCAACAAUAAUUGGAUUUUCCAACGUCCAAGAGGUCAACCAAGCUACGAUACUAGUGGCAACAAUACAGAUAUUGAAUAUGUAUUUGAUGGUAUGCCGAUUAGAAUCAUGCACCCACAAACUGGUAGAAACUUGCACACACAUGAGAUUCCCGCUCCAGUAUCCAAAACUGAAUUGGAAGUUGCUUGUUAUGGAAAUUUAACCAUUGGUGAUGCCAAGGACAAUUGGAUUGUUGAGGUUGUCGAUCAAGCUAGUAAUGAAGACAAGAUGAGAUUACACCCAUUGACAACCUCAUUCAGAUUAAAGAACGAAGUUAUGAAUUGUUAUUUAGGAGUUUCAGGAUCCACUUUGCCACAAUGGGGGUUCAGACAAGGUGAAGUUGUUUGUUUCAAGAACCCAUUCAAGAAAGACAAGAGAACAUGGUGGAACAUUGAAGAUCACAGAAACGAGCAUUUACCUCCAGCACCAGAGGAUUUCAAGUUACCCAAGACGAGAUUUAUUCGUGAUUUUAUUCAAUUGAAUUUGGCCAUGAUGGCUACAAACAAUGCCCUUUUGCCUGAUCCAGAUAAACAAGAUGAUUUAGCUUCUUCGUUUUGGCAAUGGCCCACUUUAAACGUUGGUAUUAGAAUGUGUGGAUGGGGUGCUGACAAGCCCAAAUAUUUCAUGAUUGGAUCUCCUGCAACCACAUGGACUUCAAGUGUUGGUGUUGUGGUAUUUGCAUUGAUUACAUUGUACUAUCUCAUUAGAUGGCAAAGGCAAAUUGUUGAUUUCCCAAGUGAUCAACCAGCAAGAUUACAAAAAUUCAUAAUGGGUGGUAUUUAUCCCAUGUUGGGCUGGGGUUUGCAUUUUAUGCCAUUUGUGAUUAUGGGAAGAGUAACAUAUGUUCAUCAUUACGUACCAGCAUUAUAUUUUGCCAUGAUUGUGUUUUGCUUUGAAAUUGAAUUGUGGACCUCGAAAUUGAACAAAAAAGGUGCUUCGGCAGUGAGUAAAGUUGCUUAUGUUGCCUUAUACUUGGCGUUGUACUUUAUUGUUGGUUUUACAUUUUAUUAUUUGAGGUUUUUUUCAUUUGGUAUGGAAGGACCCAAGGAGAAUUGGAAACAUACUCAAUGGUUACAAUCAUGGAGAGUUUCUGAUGACAAUUAUGUAUAG